UGAAAUUAUCUUUGCAAAAGUGCAAUUUUGAAAAAUGGUAUCAAAAAAAGUUGUCGUACUUCUAAUAACCAUAUGGAAACUUGGCGUAAAUGCAGAAGAAUGUCCUUAUUCAAUUUAUGAUUGCAAGAUCCAACCUCUUAAUCCGGAAACAAAAAUUUCAAGUUUAUGUUUACAAGCACGAAAAAACGCGACUUCACAAUCUCGUGAAUGGUACAAGUUAAAAGAAACAAAAAAUCCAACCGAUUUAAAUGAAGAAGAAGAACUUAUAUUACCUCAGUUAAACCAAUCAUAUCAAAAUGUAGCAUUAAAAACAAUGUUUGAUGACAUUGAGUCAAGAUGGUUUAGUAUUUACUAUGGCUAUUUACAAGCUCUUAAUAAAACGGCUCUGUCGCUUGUUGGCGGGAAAUACUAUACAAAACCGGCGUUAACAUACAGCGAUUAUAAAGAAAUUUAUGAAAUUUUUUUAAAAACUAUUCAAGCUAUUCCAAAUUCAAAGCAUUUUUCUUUACCUCACUUAUUGACGGGAUUCAAAGACAUUAUUGCGGAUGACUCUUGGAAAUCGAAUCGGGUUUUCAUUCAAAGACGUUUGGCGGGAACUUGUCCAUUUUUUAUAAGAAAAGUUACAGUAUCAAAAGUAUUUCAAGAAUCUGGCAUUGGCAUUGAUGAAAAAUAUUUAUAUGAAAAGCUUAACCAAAAUUUUAACUGGAAUAAACAUAUUUCGAUUGUUCUUAGAAAACAAGUCUCAUUAUCACAAAUGAUACUUGAAGGGAAGUUAUUUGUACUUCACCAUGAAAUCUUCAACGAUCUUCCAGAUGUUCCAGAUAUUCUGGGAAUUAAUAAGUUUGCAAAACUUUUACCAAGUGUAUCACCUAUAGUUGUUAUGGUGCUUGAUGACAAGGUUAAAGAAUUGAAGAUGGUGGCAAUUCAACUAGAUCAUGUUAACAACUCUAAAGUUGUCACUCCCUUUGAUAGUAAUUCCUGGUUGCAAGCAAAAGGUUUUGCUGAUAUAGCUGAUAUGGCAGUAUGUCAACUUAAAGAGCAUCUAGUAGAAACGCACAGUGUUCAAGAGCUUUUUUGCAAUGUUUUUAAACGCCAUUUAAGUCCGUGGCAUCCAGUUCACCAAAUAAUGUUGCCUCAUUGUGAAGCAACAUCACCAGUGGGGGCUCUUGGUAUAUCUUCACUUAUAGAUGAAAAUAAGUACAUGCAUAAAUUGUUUAACAUUGGUCAUAUUGGAGCCAGAAAAUUAAUAAAUAAAGCUUAUGAAGAGCAAGAUUAUUCAGAUUCUGACUUUGAAUAUUUAAUCAAGAAAAAAGGACUGGAUGAUUCUUCCAAAAUUCCUUACUAUCCAUAUAGAGACGAUGGAUUACUUAUUUGGAAUGAAAUAAAAGACUUCACAACAAAUUAUAUUGAUAUAUUUUACGACAAAGAUAAACAGGUAAAGAAUGACGAAGAGCUUCUUAAUUUUGUAAACGAAGUUUCCUCGUUUGAGAAAAAUGGAGGUAAGUAUAAAGGAUUUCCAAAAGCAUUUACAUCAAAAAAAGAUUUAUCCACCUUUCUCAACCGAUUUAUUUGGAAUCCGGUUCAACAUGCUGUAAACAGUUAUCCAUUACUUCCGUAUAGCGGAUACGUUCCAAUAUCGCCAACAAAACUCUACGAAAAUCUUGAAGGUCAAUCUGAUUAUUUAUCAAGUCUUCCCAAUGCCGCUGUAACAAUAACACAAGAAGUCCUGACAUUCACUCUAGCAUCUUUUCGAUUAAACCAAUUGUUUGACUACAGCAAAAAAAUGUCUCAUUCUGAAUCUAGAAAGCUCAUUAGAGAGAAAUUUAAAAAGUUAAAUACGUGCAUACAACAAGAGCUGAGUGCACGAAAUCGGGAUAGAUUUAAAAACGGGGAUUUAACGUAUCAGUACAUGGAGCCCAGAUUUAUACCUAACAGCAUCCAUAGUUAACUUUUAUUAGGAAAAAUACAUAUAAGCAACAUUUGUAUGUGUAUGCAACAAUAUUAAAAAUAUAGAUACAAUACAAUUA